UGGGUUCCUACGUUAAAUUGACACGAAAGUUUUUGACUGAGAUAGAUUGACACCAAAAAAAGUGACGGUUGGCAAAUUGACACGAAAAAAGGUAACGGUUGGUAAACUGACACGAAAAAAUAUUCCGCCGCACGUUGCCUGGCGAAGGCCAGCAGCCAGCAGCGGUGCAGCCUCAAGUAAAAAAAAAAUCAACCCCAGCUGCACCGCUGCACCGCCGGGAAACCCAACGGUCGCGCUCCCUCAUCACCGCACCCGACACGGAGCGAGGGGAUGGCGCGCCUUGCGCGACGUAGAAUCCGCUACGAGUGGUAUGAUGAGUGCAUGCAGGUUGUACUGCUUGCUGUGUUGUGCGCGCUAGCUGGAGAGGAGGACAUGUUCCUCGUGAUGGCCAUGUUUGGCGUAGAAAAGCUGGAGACAUGUUUCCUCUCGACUCCCGAAAACUACACUCCGCGAACUACACUCCCCAAAUCCCAACUGCCGCCAGCGGCUUCGCGCCCCUAGUACGUGCUCCCAGAGCUACCGUCUCUUCCACCAACAACUGCUGUAACCUCUCCCUUCACAGGCGGGGCACCCGACUAGCUGCUGUUGUGGUUAUCUCCCGUGCGCUUCCAGUCCAGAGUCCAGACAGACCAACCUCGGCGUGUUUUGUUCUCGAUCCCGCGAUGAACGCACACGAUCCUAACCGCGGCUUGACGUUCCCCUAACGCGAUGUACUCCCGGGAGCGUUGUGUUCACGUGUGUGGGUGUGCGGGAAGCUGCGUGCGAGCUUGCCGACUGAGUUGAUGCCUGCGUGUGUGUGCGAUGAUGGCGCUUGUGUCAAUUUGUCGUUUUCUCGUGUCAAAAUACCUCAGGUGAAAAUAUUUUGACCACGUUUUCGAAAAAUUUUGACCUGUAAUUCUGACAUGAAAAAAUGCGGCGUAACCUCUCGUGUCCAAAUUCUGACGGUUCGUGUCAAAAUUCUGGUCUCGUGUCAAAAUUUCGUGCUCGUGUCAAAAUUCCUGAUACACGUGGGACCCAUGUAUAAAUACACGCACAGAAAGACUACCCAUUCGAGAUAUAUAUACCCACAGUCGAACGGNACAGCUGUAGUUCUCUACUGGGUCAACGACAAAAUAUCGGGGAGAAUCCCUCCGUAGUGUCGUGUACUGUAAGAUGUAACCUUCACAGGGGACACGGCGCAGUGUCUAUUGACAGCUUGCUGGUUUUAGGAAUUUAAGGAGAAAUAUAUAAUAUUGAUGUAAAAUCAUGGAAGAUGGAAAGAAGGCUAUACAGCAGUACAUCACUCUUUUUUCAAACCAAUAGAUUUUUGAAUUUCACGGGCAGUAGGUGUUUCAUGCCGUUUUUUUAGAAUUUACAAAAA